AUGCUGACCAGCGUUCUUUCCUUUACGCCCGAGCAGGCGGCCACCGUUACCGAAUACUGCACAGAGAGUUCGGAAGAUGUCUCCCCCAACCUCAAGGAGCUUUGGGACUAUACCGUCUCUGAGUUUGACGAUGCGGACAAGAUGUCUUCGCCGCUGCAGUCUGCUACCUUCAAGUUCCUUGCUGAGCUCCUAAGGCCUCGGAGGAUCCUCGAGAUCGGCUGCUACACCGGGUAUAGCGCGCUGACGUGGCACGAAGCCACCGUCGGUACCGGGGCGGAGAUCAUCUCCCUCGAGCUCGACCCUAAGAUGAUUGCGGCCUCCAAGCGGACCUUUUCCCGGUACGAUAUCGAAGACCGCGUGCAGCUGAUUGAGGGACCCGCCGAGGAGUCCAUCAAAAAGCUGACCGGUAGCUUUGACCUCAUCUUCGUCGAUGCCAACAAGGACGGUUACGAGACGUACGUCAAGCAGAUCCUUGACCAGCACCUCCUGACUCCGGGCGGCCUCCUUAUCGGAGACAACAGUGAGUAG